AUGACAGCCCAGCGACCAUGGCGGAGGAUGGGGCUGAAGCCCCCCGCCCCAGCGGCCCUCGGGGUGCUGCUGGCCCUGGCCCUGCUGGCCCUGGCCCACCUGCCCCCAUUGCCAGAGCGGUCCCCACCCCUGCCGCCAGCAUCAGCCCCUCCAGAACACUGUCAGGAGGUGGCUCCCCCCCUGCCCUGGGGACUAGCUCGUGGCAAAAAGUCCCCCCUGCCCCCAGCUCAGUUGCAGUGGGGCCAGCCCCCCGGCCGGAGCAGGAGGUGGCAACGGGGGGCAGCAGGGACUGCUCCCCCAUGGCUCUCUGAUGACGACCUCCAGAAGAUGCAGCUGCUGGCCAGGGGGCAGGUGAUCUCCAAAACCCGCGUCCCGGCCCAUGGGCAAGUCCUCCGAGUGGGGCUGCGGGCCCUGGGGGAUGCCGAGGGGGAAGCUUCCCCAGCCAGCCGGGAGGAGGGCUGCCAGGAUGGGCGCUGUGGGCUCAUCAAGCGCCCCAGGGACCUCUACGAGGUGCUGGCCUUCCACCUGGACAGGGUGCUGGGGCUGAACCGCAGCCUGCCCGCCGUGGCCCGGCGCUUCACCAGCCACCUCCUGCCAUACAGCUACACCAAUGGCUCCCCACGACCCGUCAUCUGGUGGGCACCUGACCUUCAGCACCUGGAGGAUGCCAACAACGACCAGAACUCCUGUGCCCUGGGGUGGCUGCAGUACCAGGAGAUGCUGCAGUCCCAUGGACUGAGGCCAGUGGCCAGGGACACUCCUUGCUCCAGCAUCCUGCCUGGCGAGUGGAGCCGUCUGGCCCUCUUUGACUUUCUCCUCCAGGUUCAUGACCGCCUGGAUCGCUACUGCUGUGGGUUUCAGCCUGAUCCCUCUGAGCCCUGCGUGGAGGAGAUGCUCCAUGAGAAGUGCCGAAACCCGGCGGAGCUGGUCUUGGUCCACAUCCUGGUGCGGAAGAGCAUGCCGUCCCGCCUGGUGUUCAUCGACAACGCAGGCAGGCCACAGCACCCUGAGGAGAAGCUCAACUUCAGGCUCCUGCAAGGCAUAGACAGCUUCCCGGACGCAGCAGUGGCCACGCUGCGGUCAGGCAGGUUGCAGAGCCUUCUGCUGGAGUCCCUACGCCUGGAUCAGGAGCUGUGGGAGAGCCAGGGUGGUGCUGAGGGCCUGAGGCCCCUUCUUCGGACCAUUGACAGGCGGGCACGAGUCCUGCUGCAGUACAUCCAGGAGCACAACCUGACCGAGUUCAGGGACUCGCUGAGCUGAGCCGACCUCCGGCCAGGCAUGGUGCCUCCCUGGCAAACUCCAGUGAUGAUGGAUGGACGGACCUCACACCCUCAGCCUGGGUGAUGCAAGACUGCGUGCAGGUGCUUACCUCUCCAAACGGUGUGUAUGUGUGUCCCUGCCUUGCAGGGUGCACUGGAAAAGGAGACAGGAUGGCAGGGAGUAGGGAAGCAGAGGAGGAGAUGUCUCCUGACACAACCCACAACUGCUUGAGAAAGCCGUGAAGCAACGUUUAUCAAGACACGGUCUCAGGGUGGAUUAUCCAAGGGGGAAUACCCAUGAGAGUUUUUUAGUGCCUUCAUACUUCCAGUAACUUUGAAAACCAGAGUCUUGGACUACUGAACAGCUUAUGGGGACCCUGGGAAGGGUUAAUGAAGCGGUGAGAGGCACUGUUCAAGGCUGAGGGAAAUCACUGGCAGCCUUUUCAUGGUUUGCACUGGGCUCUUUGAUGAUGCCUUGGCUGUUUCCAAAACAUUACAAGCAGAGAGGCUGGAGCAGCCAGGGGGACGGCAGAGGAGAACUUUCUAAGUGGAUUAAGCAGGGACAAGUCACCUGAGUCAAGCUGUGCUCAGUCUUACCCCCACAGAGGAGGUGAGGUGUGCCUGGCAGUGGAUGUAAACCACUGCCCAAAGCCAGGCUCAGGCAGGACCUGGAUCACAGGCAUUACCCAGCAGCAGCUGCCAUCACAGAGCCCACGGUGCUGUCCCCAUGGGUGGUGCACUGUGCCUGUGCUGCUGCCAAGGUGCUUUUUGAUUGGGGGAUUUGAAGGGAAUUUGAAUGUGGGAUUUCAAUCUCCCGCUCACUCUUUCUCUUCACUGUCAGGGGAUUAAAAGUCAUACCUGCCAUGAGCUCUGCCACUUGUGAGAAAGCAUGCCUGCCUGCUCUCUGCAGCAGGGCUGUGCAAAACUCUUCCCAAGGCUUGCAGAAGAAAUCUUGUAACAAAAAUGCCAAGCUAUUUCAGCAGAAGGCAACUGAGUGCAAAAUGCUUUCUGAGCAUGCUGGCACCUCCAGCAGAGUCCUUCUCAACCCUCUCACCUCUGCAUGCUCUGGCCCCGCAGCAUUCCAGCCAGGCAAGUCCUCAGG